AGCUAAAUAGUAUUGUUGAGAUUUGUUUUGCAAAGUUACUAAAAAUAAACAAAAAAUUUGGCUGAGAUCAACUAAUAUUGAUUAUGUUGGUUUUAGAAUAUUUUUGGUUAUCAGUAAUACAGCAAUAUAAUAGGUGGUGAAUAAAGUUAUGCUGCGCAUAACAAAACGUUUUGGUUACAUCAAACACUAACGGUCAGUCCUGUAGAAACCUGUUCUUCUCGUGUUGCGUUGCGAGUAGGUACUUGCGAGGCGAGUGUAGGUUAGGUAGUGGAUGUGUGUCUGUUGUGCAAUGUGCAUCGUCUAUGGCGAGCGGGAAAGCCGGCGUUUUCGAUUUUAUGCAUGAAUCAUAUAUCAUCAAGCAACGUCAAGAAGAUUUCAAGAAUGGAGCCGCCGCCGCUAGACGAGGCGGCAGAGAAAACGAUCUCGGAUUAUCUGCGGUCUUGGAAGCUUACAUUCCAAAAUUUUUGGAAGAAUCCAUUGAUGUGGAGACUCUCCAAAUGUUGUCAGAGGCUGACCUGAAAGACUUAGUGCCAAUUAUUGGACACCGGGCUAAGCUGACGACACAAAUCAAACUUUUGACCAAUAUAAUGUCAAAUGCUUUUGAGAACACUUGUACUAAUACUACUCCGGACUCAAACAACCAAAUAAUGCUGUAUACAGUGGAAGAUUUGCCAGUUAUACAGACAUUACCUGAUGAAAAAUGGAAAUGAUCGAAUAUUAAAUACUAUUUUGGUGUAUGUAGCUAAGUUUGGCUAGUAUAGUGUGCUAGCUCUUUGUCUGAAUUAAUUAUAAGUUCCUACUAAAAUUAAUUGAUUUGAUACUUAAUAAAUAAAUAUAAUUGUAAAAAACAAA